AUGGCAUCAUCAUCAUCUAACAUUGAUCUAACAGGACCCACCUUCUGCAUUGUGACUGGGUCUUCACAAGGCAUUGGAAAAGUUAUUGCUAUUGAGUUUUCAAAAUUAUUUGGCCCAAAUUCUGUGUUGUUGCUUUUGGCACGUAAAACAGAAGAAUUAGCUCAAACCGCAAAACUCUGUGAAUCUGAUAAUGUUAAAGUUAUCUACAAAUCCAUCGAUUUAUCUGUGGCUACUGAACAGGAGAUGUGUGAUAUAAUUAACCAGGCAUUGAGUGGCCACAAAGUGACGGAUUUCACCGCCAAUAUAAUCUUCCAUAAUGUUGGAUCUCUGGGCAACAUGUCCAUUAAAACAUCUUGUAUAGAAAAUGUUAAUGAGAUGAGGUCAUAUUAUGACUUGAAUGUCUUUAAAGUGAUAUCAUUGAACACUCAGUUUUUGAAACUGUUUGAAGAAGUUGAGGACAGGAUUAUCAUUGUCAAUAUUACUUCCCUGUGUGCUGUUAAACCAAUGAGCGGCAUGGCAUAUUAUUGUAGUGGCAAAGCUGCUCGUGAAAUGUACUUUAGGGUCCUUGCAGAAGAGAAAAAGGACAUGAUAGUACUUAAUUACUCCCCUGGGCCAGUGGAAACCACUAUGAUUGAUGUUGUCAUUGAUAAGACUGUUAAUGAGAAUCUCCGUGACGUAUUCACUACCUUCAAAAAACAAGGUACUCUGUUAAAAGCUGAAACAACAGUUAGAAAAUGUAUCAAAGUCUUAGUUGCUGGUAAAUUUAAGUCGGGAGAUCAUGUUGAUUUCUUUGAUGAUGAAUAG